CCUUCUGGAUGAUUCCCAUGUCAAGAGCUUCCUCAAAAUGGCACACGACAUGGAGAUUAAUAUUCAAGAGCUCAAGAAUCUUUGUGUUCGGACGGUUCAGGGGCCAGAGUAUCAGUGUCGCUCGGGGUUUAAGUUUCAUGGAGGUUUGGAACAGAAGUUUAUACUUGUGGACUGCAGGACAGUUAUGUAUGGAACAUACAGCUACACAUGGACUUUUGAGAAAAUCAACCUCAGUAUGGUCCUGGUUGUCACAGGCCAACUGGUUUCCACUUAUGAUGAAGAGUUCAGAAGACUCUAUGCUUGCUCCACAACUUCUUCAGUCUUGCUUAACGGGAGGCCACCUGUUCUGUACCUUAAAGAUACUUUGGCUCUGGAGAGCCCAAACUCCAGCCAGCUUUCUCUUAAUAUGAUUCACAGGAGAUCCAGGGUGAUGCACGUGGUGAGAAGUGUUCAGGACAACAGGUUCAACAAUUCUGGCACAAUGACCAGAGGCUUGAGUGUCCAGGAUAGGCUCCAUCAGUAUGACUAUACUAAAAUGGGGAACCUAGUGAAAGGACACAGUUAUGGAGGCGAGCUGCAAAAGGUAAACUCCAUGACUCGGCUAAGGAUGGGAACUAAAGACAUUGGAGUCCCUGGGAGAAGUGGAUCUAAACCGAGGGGAGGUGGGGAGGUGCUUCUACCAAACCGGAUGUCGCACCAUCACCUCCGGCACCAGACACGUUACGGUGCGGACCAGUACCUAAUACCAUUCAACUCAGAAACAUCACUCCACCGCUGGAAGAUUGAUUCUUAUCUUAAUGAGAAUGAGAUGCAUCCAGGUGCGUCAUGUGAUGCGAUCUCACCUGUGACAUCUCCAUAUAGCAGUCACACAGGCUUAAAUGAUUAUCAGUCACAGCUCAUUCACAGCAGGUCGAGAGAUAUUAAGUCCAGAAUGGAAGAAACACGGCAAAAAAGGUUCAGUUUGCAGGACUAUAACAAUUUCAGGCAAAGCCACGAGUCUUUGAGGUCCAUGUAUCUGAAUGCAGAAACAUCCAAACUGAUGUCUUCAUUAAGAGGCCUGGAUGUAAGGCAGAGUAUCACAGAAUCGGAGCUAGCAGCACAAGAAAGCUGCAGCCAGGAAAACAGGGAGCUCAAGAAGCGAGGUAACAAAAGAGAGCCAGUGCUCACUGAUGGACAUCGUUCUGCCUCUCACCAUGAUGUGGUUUCAGAUGGAAAAACAAUGCAGACAUAUGAUUGGCGUGAGCCUCUAUCCAAGACAAGAUCAGCUGCUGAUUUAGACCAGAAAAUGAGUGAUGCACCACUCAAGCCUUCUCAUUUACAGUCCAGCAGUGUUAGCAUUCAGCAUCCGAGAGCAAUGGAAUCUUUGACCGAGGUCCCUGAAGAAAAAGACAGUUCCCACACUCACUUAGACCCAGCACUUAAAGUCAGACGUGAGAUUUGCAAAGAUGAGGAGGUUGUUCCUAAGAACUCUGUAAAAUCUCCAGAAAAAGAAAUUCAGGAUCAAGCCACAGGAAAGCAUUAUAGGGUGGCCAAAAGCACAGGCUCAGGUGAUUCAAGGCAAGGAAAGAAAUCCAUUUCUAAUGAAGUUGAAACUUCUCUGGAAGUCUUCAAUCCAUCUACAGGACCUCAGCGGGGAGUGGAAGAUAAGGGCAGUCACACAGAAAAAGGGGAAGCACAGCCAGAAGAUGCAGCGCUACAGAGAAAACAUUCUAUGAAAAUGAAAGUGCCUACAUCAGAUGAAAAGAAAACUUCCAAAAAUGAAAAUAAGUCUCUCCAAAGAAGGACCUCAGGAGUAAGCCAGCCACUGAAGGCUGCCCAUUCCCUGGCACCUGAUGCAGUGCACACAACAAAAAGCCAGUCACUGAGCAUGCCCAGUUUGCAGAGCUCCCUUACUAGUCCAUCAGAGAUAGAAAAGACUAAAUCUCCACUGUCAAGAUUUUCUCCUCAGCGUUUGAGCAAAAAGAAGAUGGCCCUUGCAGCAGAGCAAGACUCAAAGGGCACUGUGGGUGACGAAAGAGAGACUUUAUAUCAGAGACCAAAAGACAAAGCCUACAGUCGGUAUGAGUUUUUGCUUAGCAACGAAAAUCUACGUCUGGAUAAGUCAAAGAAGAAGGCAAAUUCAUAUUCGUCAGACAAAGAGAGAAUCUCUUCUUUGCAAAGGCGCGAGUCUGCCCGUUCAGUGAAUCAGACACAGAGCAGCACUGAUAACAAACUGGAGCGAUUCAUGCAGCGAGUUGGAAAUCUAAUAAACAAGAACAAGUAGCGAAGGCACAGAAGAAGGCCAACAUGGUCAGAAAUGAAGGCAAAGUUUAAGCAUAUUACAUGUUUUGUUUAUGCAGCUGUUUUCCAUGCCUAGACAAACGGUUUCUUUACACCGCAGCAGUAUGCUCCACAUUUUUUUUUAAAAUCGCCACUGAUGCCAGUAACAAGGCUUGAUAAAUCGGUAUUUGCAGUUAAAGUCUGAGAUGGAUCUUACUGGGGAGGAGGAGUUAAGGCAACCAGGGAGAAUCUGACAGUAGCACUUCAGGACAUUCAGCAAUGUUUGAUUCAGUAAGCUAAAUUAUAAUGAUACGGUAUGUCUUAUGCAAAAUAUGUUUAUUCUUUUAGUUUACCUAAAGGAUCAGACUGAUGAGAGCAUCUUUUAUGCUAUGACAACACCAACACCUCUGUUGUUGUUCAGUAUUGUUGUGAAAUAUCUACGUUUAAAAAAACCCACACCAGUAAGGCCCACUGUUAUAACCUGUACCUGAGGUUUUCUAAACAAACAUACACUGGUUUACUCUAAUACAGUAAUGCAUACAUUCAUCUGCCACUGAAUAUAUUUCUUCUUGUUUCAGAAACAGUACUGAAACAAAGGGUGGAUGUAGCUCAGGAGGCAGAGCAGGUCAUCCACUAGCUGAAAGGGUCGUGGUUUGAGCCGUGUGUCAAAGUAUCCUUAGGCAAAAUACUCACCCCUAAGUUGCUCUACGAUGGAUUCACGGGAGGAUGAAUGUGUGUGAAUUACAGUAGAAAAAAGUGCUUGUGUGAAUGAGACGUGUUGUAUAAAAGCACUUUGAGAUCUUCAGUAGUGUAAAAAAGUGCUAUAUAAGAACCAGUUCAUUCUCUGAAAAUGUUCAGAGCUGCUGGAAAUUACUGAAAAGUGUUCAAUUAAUAAACAUAUUUGGUUUUUUUGCUUCUUAUAUAGGCAGCACGGUGGUUAGCACUGUUGCAGCAC